GAGAGGAGAGCCGGCCGCCGCUCUCAUGUGCCUCGGUGCAAGUCCAAAAUAGGAAGUCCCGCGGGCAUUCACUGGCAGAUUUUCGCAGGAGAGUUGAGCAUGAAACUUCUUGUGAGCGUCGGUGGAAACUUUUAGAGAGCUGUAACGGCAAGAGGAGGCGGUGUCAAGUCAACCAACCAGCCAGCCAGACAGACACAGACACAGACACAGACAAGCCGGCGGGGUGAUGGAGACCGCCGAGCGGGACAGUCCGGCCGCCGGCAACGAUUCACUCCCUUGCGCUGCGACACAAGAGAGAGGGACAUUGCCCGGUGCAGCGGACAGCCUGGAUCUCCCCGGGGAGAUGGGCCGAGUGGCCAGGCCGCCUCCACGGCGCAGCCACACGGGCAUGGAGCCCUGCUUGAACGAUAUCUCAAUGAAACUGGUAAUGAAGAGACAGAGAACAGGAAUUCCUGAUGAUUUGCUACAGGACAUGCUGAGAGGAAAGUUGCGAAUUCUAGAGAAUGACUGUGGGGAGGUCAUAACCCUCCUCAGCGAGCUUUCAGCCAGGCUGCUGUCCAUUUAUAGUGACCAAGACAUGAUGGUGAUUACUUUUCAAACUUUCGAAGAAAUCUGGAAAUUUUCAUCAUAUUACUCACUAGGUUUGAUUGGCCAUUGCCUGGAGAAUCUAUUGUUCGAUCAAGAAUUUUGGCUGAAUGAUCUAAAUGAAGAUGCCAUGCUUGACGUCCAAAUGGAUGAAGAUUCUCUCAAAAUGAUGCGCAAAGACCUUUUACAGAAAGGGGUAUUUUCCAUAAGCUAUCCACUCCGCCAUCAAAGAUGUGAAGAAGACCUGCAGCCGGAAAUGAAUGCAAUUGUUAGCGUUGACGGUGCAACAACAGGUUCCAGAUGGCUUGAAGAGACGACGUCCAGUGGAAAGAAAGUUUUGGUUCCAGAAUCACAUAAGGAGUUUAUUGACCCUUUUCACCAGUGGUUUUUCAAAAGACACCAGGAAGGAACAAUGCCAAAUGCCGAGGCUGCAGAAUUUUCCUGUGCACUGGGAACUGGCACCUGCGUGGCAGCAGUUGAUUGUGAAGACACUGGCCUAGACGAGCUGAGCUUCCAGACUGGUGACAGGAUACAGGUCGUCGGCUUGCUCAGCUCAUGUAUGCAGUGGUUUCUGGGGGAAAAUGAAACAACCAGACAAACUGGAUUUGUAAAAAUAAGUCACAUGAAACCAGAUGACUUUGUGUCACAGGCUAAGGACCUGCUGUUUGUCGAUGAGGCGGAAAAACAUGUUUUUGUGGAGUGUGAAAAGUUCACUGAUGAAGACUCCAUUAAGUUGCUCAAACACAUGGCACAGACUGACAUCAGUGAGGUUUAUCAAAUGGAUACGCUGGAACCAAUCGAUUUCCAGGAGGACAUAAAAGGAGCCGACCAUACUCCAAGUAAACUGGACAUUGCAGCCUUGAAAGCCAAGCUGAAUGAAGAUGUGUGCAGGUUAAAGGGGAGAGAGUGCGUGCAAUCAGAGAAAGAGAGGGAAGCGAUUGGACAAGAUCCUAUAGCAUACAAUCGAAAGGAUGCACCAGAAUUUGAAAGGCCACAUGAGUCACCACAGUUUCAUGUUGGUAACUCGCAAGUUCUGGACAACACUGAAAUGCUUCAUCCUUUAUUGGUCUUCUUGGAUAAUCAAGAAUUCUGCAAGGACUUUGAAAACCUCUAUGACUCCAGUUUUUCUUUUCUGACAUCCACUUUUUCUGGCUACCAUGAAGUGAAGGGAUUGAUUCGAUAUCUUGAGGUGGCCCGGGAAGCAGCAAGAAAGCGACAGAUGCAGUGGGCUCAAACGAGGCUCGCUUUUCUCCUGGGCAGAAUGUGCGCCCAGAACUUCAAGUUCUCGCAGGCGAGAGUUUACUUUGAAGAGGCCCAAUGCCUGAUGAGUGGAUGUUUCACCGACCUGUUCCUCCUAAUUGCCGUGUACACCAACCUUGUUGCCAUCUACUUGAAACAGAAAAACCAGGAGAAAUACUCUGCCCUUUUUGGGAAGAUUGCAGUCUUGCUCAUGGGUAUCCCCAACUACAUCAGCUCCACGGACACAGAAGCUGAGAUACUGAGAUACAUUUUGAAGAAGGCAGUGCUUACAGAAAAUAGACUUGCUGAAGCAAGAGCAUGCUUCCUUUUGGCAAAAUUUCAUCUAAAGCUUAAACAGUAUGAAGAAGGGCUGCCCUUCGUUGAAAGGCUACAGUUCUUGAGAAAUGCCACGGAGUUGGAACAUGGGACCUCUUUAGACUUUUAUUUUACUCUUGGUUCACUGUACUAUCAAGAAUGUCUACCAAAUCUUGCUAUAAGUUGUGUGAAGCGUUCAUGUUUACAGCCCACAAGAACAUUAAUGGAUUGGUUGAAAUGCACUAACUUUAUAAUGAAAAGGGCCUGUAAAAUGGGUGGAGAGACACUAAUGACUCCAACACAGGUGGCUCCUUGCCUCCAGCGGGCACUCUCUUCAACAAACAGCCUUGAUAAGGGCAACAUUAGUCCAACCAUUUGCCUCAGCUUGUCGAAAAUGUAUAAACUUCAUGGAAAAUACGAGAAAGCAAUUCACUAUAUGGAAAUGGCCAUUAACAUUGGAGCUACUGCUAGUGUUGAGGAGGUUAUUAAUGCACUUAUUUCUCUUGCAUGGUUGCACAUUCUGAAUAGCCAACCUACAAAAGCCAUUGAAUUUUUAAAUAUUCUACUGGAAUCCACCUCCGUCCUGAAUUGUUCGGUGCAACGGGGAGUUGUUUAUAAUAUGAUAGCGAUCUCAAUGAGAAAAAUGAAAAAUGUCAAGGAAGCUUUGAAGAGCUACAUUGCAGCCGUUUUGAUCUCCUUGAAUUCAGAAAAGAUACUUAACCAAGCCAUUGCCCACGCAAACCUUGGUUUGCUUUGCCUUUGGUCAAAGACUAGUCAACUUUCUGAACAUUUACUUUUAAAAUCCGUUCAUCUUUUCUUUGAAUCGCCAAGUCCACAAUCCGAUGAAAAUCUUAUCCAGGUUCUAAUUAUGCUGGGACACCAUUAUAUUGAUCAAGAAUUGCAAGAAAAUGGGAUAUUUUGUUAUGAGUGUGCACUUCUGAUUGCAUUGAAAGCAAAUCUUAUUGAAAGCCAAGUACAAGUUACUCAGUUGCUGUGCCAAUUUUACAGUUCGAUCCUACCAAAUGAGGCCCAGUGUAUUGUCUACAAUGAAUUUCUGCUUUACCUUGCCCGUAAGUUGGCCAACAAGGAACUCGAGGGCCAUGUUCUACAAAACACCAGUCAAUUGUACCUCAACUUGGGAACUAAAAGGGCGUUCAGAACAGCAUUGGAGUACACCAAACAGAGUCUUAGGAUCUUUAUUGAUCUGAAGAAAAAAGAGGAGGAGGCUUAUGCUUGGCUGCAGGCUGGGAAGAUAUAUUAUAUUCUGGAAAAGAAUGAACUGGUGGACGUGCACAUCCAGGUUGCCCAAGAGGCUGCCAUGAACACAGAAAGACUGGAGUUUGCAAUGAAAAUUUUAGAAGCCGCCGGAGAUGUGUUUUUUAAUGGUUCAAAGGCCAGAGAGAAAGCCAUAUCAUUCUACAGGGAUCAAGCUCUUCCACUUGCUCUUAAAAGUAAAAACAUGAAGGUGGAACUCAGACUUUGCAACAAACUGGCUGAACUUCUGCUGCAACUGAACAUCCAUUCAGAAGCCCUAAAAUAUGCCCAGACGGCUUUGAUGCUCAGCAUGACUCUUGGCGAUGCACUCAAUGAGCGUGUAGCUUAUCAUCGAUUGGCAACAGUACACCACUCCCUUGGUCAGUGUGAGAUGGCUGAACAUUUCUAUCUCAAGGCACUGUCCCUUUGCUCCCACCCAAUGGAGUUUGAUGAAGAAACCAUUUACUACGUCAAAGUUUAUUGUCAGCUGGGAGACAUUACAUUCUAUGAUCUGAAGGACCCACGUGAUGCAGAAAAUUACUACCACUUUGCUCUAGCUGCAGCCAUGGAUUUGGGCAGUAAGAAAUCUCAGCUGAAGAUCUGCACUAGGCUUGCCACCAUCUACCACAAUUUUCUUGUGGAUCGGGAAAUGUCACUUUAUUACUAUCAGAAGGCAAGAAAAUUUGCUGCUGAACUUAACAUUCGAAGAUUAAACCUCUCCCCGGUCGAAUUUUAUACAUCUACAACAGUGAAAACCUCAAAAUCCUUAUCUUAAUAUUUUAACUGGCCACUGUGCUACUUCCAGGCAAUUAAUUUCAAGUGGACACUAACAAAGGCUAAAUCGGGGAGAUGUGAAAUGUAACAUGCUAAUAUCAAAGUCUCCUUUCUGCUUUCAUCUUCAUUAAUGGGAAGGAACUGCAGAUGCUGGUUUAAAUUGAAGAUAGACACAAAAUG